AUGACUUCUUAUAAUUUCUUAUUCUUUCUAGUUGUGUUCCUUGCAUCUAUGAUGCUUGUCCCUCAAGCGCUUCUUGUUGAAGCGGUUAAUAAGCCAUUGUCAGUCACCACGCCACAUCGGAUUUACUGGCCACCACCACCAGAAUAUCAAAGGUACUCUGCUUCAGUAAAAGAGGUUAACGAGCCAUUGUCGGUUGCCACGCAACUUCGGAGACAAAGGCCUCCGCCAGUGUCUUGGCUGCCACUACAAAAUUAUCAAAAGUACCAUCCUUCAAUAGAAGAGGUUAACGAGCCAUUGUCGGGAACACCGCCACCUCAUGUUUACUGGCCACCACCAUUGCCGCCACCAACAGAUUAUCGAAGGUACCAUCCUUCAAUAGAAGAUGUUAAAAAGCCAUUGCCAGUCGCCAUGCCACAUCGGAGAAUUUGGUCACCACCACCAAUACAUGAAGAUGCAACGAGCUUGAAUUGA